AUGCACCUCUACAAUCUCAACAGCACCCUCACAACCCCUUACAGGACAUCUGAUAUCCGCAACUGUCUCCGUCUGAGACAAGACCUCCACACAUUGUUUGACACGGGUGCCUUUGCGUUUGUCCCCAAGGAGGGUAAGAUUGUUAUCCACUUUCUGACAAUGGGUCUCAACUACUGCAAGACAUUUCACAACCGAGCUACAGAAUCCCUCAUGAUGCAUCCCGCGUUUAUUUACGCCCGCUUCGCGUGGGCCAUCCUUCCGCACGCCACGAGUUUUACAUCGAAAAAGAGCACCAGGAUAACGGUGUUUAAUGAAGAAACUGAGAGGUGGGAGGUUACAACCGCUGGGGAAACCAAGAAACCAGUAGCGGCUAUAUCCAAACGGCGUAAGCAUCAAGCCGGGGGGGCAGCUGGACAAGAGGUGGCAGAUGCGGAAUGCACAAUUGACGCCUUGGACCAGCAACCAGCACGAUCCAGGGUUGAUACAUUCCACAAGAUAGUUUCCUCUAACCCAUCGUAUGCAUGGCAUGCUCCCUACUGGCACCCAGAAACAGAACGAUUCGACAAGUUACGGGAAAAGGCUCUCCAGGAACGUGAACCAGAAUUACACCGCAUGGAAAAGGAGAGACGGCGUGAUCUAUUGGGCCAUGAUGGAGCGCCGCUCCCGGAUGAAGGGUGUUUCUCGUUCGAUGAUGAUACCGAGGAGGAAUUGGAAUUUUACCGUGGGUAG